ACCAUCAAUCCUCCUCUCAGCCCCUUGCUUACCAACCCCUCCUUCAUUUCAGUUCCACGUCUCUUUCGCGCCGAAUACAGCCACCAAAGAUCCUAGGCAGACCCGCCCCCAUUCUGCGAUCCGUACGAUUACCAACACGCACCACCCGGUCUACCAGUAUGUCAGGUUCAGUUGACACUCGUUUUUCCGCUAUCGCCGAACAUUUCAAGGCUACCCAUGAGGAUUACCGGGAUCUCAGCGGCCGCCUCAUUGCCCUGGGUACGAUGGUCACCGGGUUGAGUGACAGAGUCAUGGCGCAUGCCGAAGGACAGAGCAAGUACAAUAUAGCACUAGAAGGCAGUGUCAUUGACCUCACCACAAAGGUCAUUGGCCUGGUUACAGAUGUCAGCACAUUGAACGCCGCGACCGCUACAAUCGCAGCUAAACAGGAUAAUUUGGAAGCGAAACAGGGUAAUUUGGAAGCCAUGGUCGCCACAAUCGCGGGAAGGCAGGAGGAACAAGGCAGAAUGUUACAGGAGCUUACCCUGAAUAUCCGCGCUCUCGUUGGCAGCCAUGAUGGUGCUUCUGUAAGCCCCCUACGCUCCCUGACCCUGUGGGACACUGCUAACCGUUGGAUAGCGGGGGGGCGCACCUGUGUAGAGACAAUGAUGUCUCGAUUGCUUUAGUUUUAUUUAAUCAUAACGUUCGUUUUGUUGCCUAUCCGCCAUACAGAUACAGACUAGUCUUGUAGGCCGCAUACUACCUCUAGUAUUUAGUUUUGUUUUACAUUCCGUUUUUCUAUCACUACUCUUCUCCUCACCACUCGUUCUAUCGUUAGGGCCCCCUCAUAUCUCCUAUUCACACGCUUCCGAACUCAUUCAUACAUUCCCUUGCCUCAUUUCCUUCCGAGCCUUCUUCCCCCGAUACCACCACAGCUUCUUUUUCGCGAUGGCAGCUGACCAAUAUGCUCCACUGUCUCGGCGUCAAUGGGGUUCUGGUUACUGCAUGUUGCCUAAGGGGGAUAGACUCCGAAACGAUUUCCCUUUCAUGGUGACCAUGAGGGUAGGGGGGGGGGGGGGUGGCAGGACGCGUAAGGCGAGAGGGAUCAGGAAUUGGGAUGCUGGUUAUCCACCUAGUAUAUAGGGCUGUGAGGGAGGUUAGGAAACAACAUGGCAUUGGGGCGGGUACCUUAGUUAAAUAAAAUCAGAUCUUUGUCUCUAG